AUGCUCGAGGUCAGAGCCUGUCUUGCACGCUUAACUUUCUUUUCUAUUACCAAGGCUGGACCUUCUUGCACGAGACGAACAAUCCAUACCGGUGUCAAAUUCUCGCGGACGACAACUACUAAAACCUCGACACACUCUCCAUCCUUCAAGCUUCCCCAAGUACGGUUCUGUUCGGCGGAAGUGAGGCGAACCAUGGCACCGCCCACGGAUCGAGAUAUCCUCCCCGACACUAUCAAGCCAUUGAACUAUGACCUCUCCCUCUUCAACCUCGAAUUUGGUGGUGAAUGGUCCUACGACGGACUGGUGAAGAUUGACUCGAAGGUCAAGCAGAGCACAAAAGAAGUUGUGAUCAACACGAAGGAGCUCGAAAUUACAGGCGCAGAAGUACUCGGCAAAGACGCUUCCAUUGCCUCAAUGGCCGAUGUCUCCUAUGACAAAGCCAACGAACGUGCAACCAUCAAAUUCUCUGGUGACAUUCCUGCUGGAGAUGCCGUGGUUGCGAUCAAAUACAAGGGCGUUAUGAACAAUGCAAUGGCAGGGUUCUAUCGAUCCAAGUACAAGCCUGCUACCACGCCGAGCUCUGGUACACCCACAGAUGGAGAGUUUCACUACAUGUUCAGCACUCAAUUUGAAGCCUGUGAUGCGAGGAGAGCGUUCCCCUGUUUUGAUGAGCCCAACCUGAAAGCCUCUUUCGAGUUCGAGAUCGAAAUCCCUGAAGACCUCGUGGCCAUCAGUAACAUGCCUGAAAAGGGUGUAACGAAGGGCAGCAAGGACGGCUUGAAAAAAGUGGCGUUUGAGAAGACUCCCGCCAUGAGCACAUAUCUUGCCGCCUGGGCUAUUGGUGAUUUCGAAUACGUGGAAGACUUCACGGCGCGCAAAUACAAUGGCAAGAACAUCCCUGUACGAGUCUACACUACCCGAGGCCUCAAGGAGCAAGGUCGUUUUGCUUUGGAACAUGCACAUAAGACCCUGGACUACUUUUCUGAUGUAUUCGGAGUCGAGUAUCCUCUGCCGAAGUCCGAUCUGCUGGCUGUUCACGAAUUUGCCAUGGGGGCUAUGGAGAAUUGGGGUCUCGUGACUUAUCGCACGACUGCAGUUCUCUUCGAUGAAGAGAAAUCUGAUGCUCGAUUCAAGAAUCGUGUUGCAUAUGUGGUAGCUCAUGAGUUGGCCCAUCAGUGGUUCGGCAACCUCGUCACCAUGGACUGGUGGAACGAGCUCUGGCUCAACGAAGGCUUCGCUACCUGGGUGGGAUGGCUUGCUGUUGAUCACCUGCAUCCUGAGUGGAAGGUCUGGAGUCAGUUUGUGGCUGAAGCUGUACAAACAGCUCUUGAACUCGACUCACUACGAGCCUCUCACCCCAUCGAAGUCCCCGUCCGCAACGCUCUCGAAGUUGAUCAGAUCUUUGACCACAUAUCGUAUUUGAAAGGUAGCUCGGUGAUCAGGAUGUUGAGCAAUCAUCUUGGCCAGGAGGUUUUCUUGAAGGGCGUUGGCGAUUAUCUCAAAAUCCAUGCUUACGGCAAUGCCAGGACCAACGACCUCUGGGCAGCCCUGAGUGCCGCUUCUGGUCAGGAUGUGCAAGCGUUCAUGGACCCAUGGAUUCGCAAAAUCGGCUUCCCAGUGGUUACCGUUGCUGAAGAACCUGGACAGAUUGGUAUCCGUCAGUCAAGAUUUUUGACCACCGGAGACGUUAAGUCGGAAGAAGACGAGACUACCUGGUGGAUACCUGUCGGCCUCAAGACUGGUACUCCAGCCAAAGUUGUUCACAGCGCCCUAACGCAGAAGGAGGACACUGUGCGCGAUGUGGACGAUGACUUCUACAAGAUCAAUGCAGACCAAAGCGGCUUCUACCGCACAAACUAUCCCCCGCAACGAUUGGUGAAGCUUGGUGAAGCUCAAGAUCGUCUAUCGGAAGAAGACAAGAUUGGCUUGAUGGGAGAUGCAACGGCCUUAGCUAUCGCAGGAAACGCUACAACAGCAGCUCUGCUCUCCUUAUUGGAAGGCUUUCAGAAGGAAAAGAGCUACUUGGUAUGGUCGCAGAUUGCAAGCUCACUGUCAAAAGUGCGAGCGGUCUUUGCUACCAACAAAGAGAUCUCGGCGGGGUUGAAGAAAUUCGCCUUGAAAUUGUUCUCUCCUGCAGCGGAAGCUAUAGGCUGGGAAUUCCCCGAAGACGAAGAAUGGCUGACAGGACAAUCCAGGAAACUCCUCCUUGGUUAUGCAGCAGGUGCUGGACAUGACGGCAUCAUUGCAGAAGGUCGAAAGAAAUUCUCUGCGUGGAAAUCCGGGGAUGAAAAGGCCAUACAUCAAAACUUACGCAGCGUUGUGUUCAACCUUGCUGUCGCGAAUGGUGGGCAAGAGGAAUAUGACAGUAUCAAAAGGGAAUUCAGGAAGCUGACAGCCGUUGAUGGCAAAGAAAUAUGCAUUCAAGCACUGGGCCGUUCCAAAAACCCAGAUCUCGCAUGGGACCUGCUUGAAUUUGUGACUUCUGAAGAAGUCCCACCUCAAGAUGCACAUGGAGGUAUCGUUGCGGUGUCUUCGAACAACGAGACACGGCCGGUGGCUUGGGAGUUCACUAAGAAGUCCUGGGACCGCGUCGACAAGAGGCUUGGUAUCUCGGGCAUUGUUAUUGACAGAUGGCUCAAGAUGGGACUGCCUAAAUAUUCCGACACAGCCAUCAGGGAUGAUAUCGCCAACUUCUUCAAAGACAAGGAUACUGGGAGAUAUAGUCGCAGCUUGGUGAUUGCGUCCGAUACCAUCACAGCAAAUGCUGCGUAUAAGGAGCGGGAUGCAGCGCGAUUGCUAGAGUGCCCAGAGGAUUGCUCCUGUUUAUUUCACUCGAACUUGCCUUCUAUCUUGACUUCACACCUAAUCGCGAUUAUUGACCCGGCGCCCAGAUACGAUUACCUGUUCAAGCUCCUGCUUAUUGGAGACUCCGGCGUUGGAAAGUCUUGCCUCCUGCUGCGAUUCGCCGAUGACACAUACACCGAGUCCUACAUCUCGACCAUUGGUGUUGAUUUCAAAAUCCGAACAAUUGAACUCGAUGGCAAGACUGUCAAACUACAGAUCUGGGACACCGCUGGCCAGGAACGAUUCCGAACCAUCACUUCCUCCUAUUAUCGCGGCGCUCACGGCAUCUGCGUGGUCUACGAUGUGACAGAUAUGGAUUCAUUCAACAAUGUCAAGCAAUGGUUGCAAGAGAUUGAUCGCUACGCUACUGAAGGUGUCAACAAGUUGCUUGUCGGUAACAAGAGCGACAUGGCAGACAAGAAGGUUGUUGACUACACGAUGGCUAAGGAAUUCGCUGAUAGCUUGGGAAUCCCAUUCCUCGAGACUUCGGCCAAGAACGCCUCAAACGUCGAGCAGGCUUUCUUGACCAUGGCUCGGCAAAUCAAGGAGCGCAUGGGAACGACGACUGUUAACAACAAGCCCACCGUUCAAGUCGGUCAAGGACAAGGUGUGCAGUCAGGCUCUGCUGGCGGAUGCUGCUAG